CUCGACCGGGAUGCGGUGUGUUGUUAUCAUUGUAGCUGCUCUUUAUAAAUAGCGAGUGCAAUAAAUACGUUUUGGGGUGUCGCCGUGCGCACUAUAUUGUAUUCUAUGUAUGUUGUUAUGUAAAUUGUCGACGACGUCGGUAACUGUCGUGUUGUUGUAAUCCGAUUGAGGUGAUCGUUACAUUGCGGUGUGUGUCAAAUGUUUCACUUGGUAGACCGUUACCGGAUGAUUUACUUUCAGUAAGUUGAUCGACGAUCGAAGCAGUCGUCGCGUACUUGUAGAGGCGACUUGAAUAAUAUCCAAAUGUAUGUCAUGAAGUAUGUUUGUGUAUGGUUUGUUUUGAUGGCAGUUGUGUGGGAACAAAUGUUAGCGGCAGUAUUGUUUGGUAGUCAUCUAACAAAUGCUCAUGAAGUUGAAGAAAAUAUACUGAGCGCACAUCGCAAGUCUUUAUCUGAACAUGAUCACCGGUCAGAUUUUCCACACGCUGGAAUAAUAACUAGUGACACCGAACUGGAAGAAUUUAAAAAUUUAUCACCAAAUGAGGCAAAAGCUAAACUAAAAUCAAUUCUCAUAGAAAUAGACAAAAAUCAUGAUGGACAAAUCGACAAAAAAGAAUUAGCUCAAAGAAUAUUAGAAACCUUUAGGCAAUUGUCUGCUGAAGAAUCCGAUUCAGAGUUUGUUGACAGUGAUACAAAUAAUGAUGGUUUAUUGACUUGGAAAGAAUAUCUUAUUGACACUUAUGCUCCCAGUGAAGAAGACAUCCCUAUUUCCAAUGAAGAUGAUAUAGCUACUGAAGAAAAAGCUCUCUUUGAUGCUGCUGAUCAAAAUAAUGAUGGGUAUUUGACACUAGAAGAGUUCAGAAUAUUUUAUACACCAGAAGAUUAUGAAUAUAUGACUCCUUUGGUUCUGAAAGAUGUUAUAAACCAGGUGGACUUAGAUGAUGACAAAAAGAUCACUUUUGACGAAUUCAUUAAUAAUAGAGGUAGCAAUGACCCCAAACUCCUAAAUGAUGAAGAAUGGAUUAGAGUUGAAAAAAUAAAGUUUGAACAAGAAUAUGACAUUAAUGGUGAUGGAAUUUUGGAUGGUGAAGAAAUACUUUUAUGGUUAAUGCCCAAUAACAAAAUGAUGUCCAAUUCUGAAGCAGAAGAUCUUAUUAAACAAACAGACAAAAAUGAUGAUGGUAUAUUGAGUUAUGAUGAGAUAAUGAAUAACUAUUUGUUGUUCGUUUCUGCAGGUGAUUAUUCAUAUGAUUUCAAAGAUGAAUUAUGAUUAUUUAAAAUGAAUUAAAUAUUGUAUUUUUUUAGUUAAUUCAUUCGUAUUAUUGUUUGUUAUAAUUAUUAUAUGUUUUUAAUAAAAUUAAAGGGAUCAUUACUUAUUCAAGUUUAGCAUCAAUUGAUAAAAACAUGACAUAAUAUAACUAAAAUAAUUAAUAUUAAUACUAAUCUAUAUGUCAUGUAGACGUGUAUAUAUAUAUACAUAUUUGUGUAAAAAAAUAUUGACAGUAUUUAAGUGUUUAUUGAAUUUUCAAACAGUACUUAGAUAAAUUUGUGCUUAGCAAAUUAUAAAUAUUGAAUAACAAUAAUAUUAAUUAUUUGUAGUACUGUUCAAAUUGACUUUUUCUUUGAUCGGAUUUUAUCGGAAUUAAUAUAAUUCAUUUAGGAAUCGGAUUUUACUCGGAAUUAUGAAUUAUUAAUCUACUAAACAUAAAUUAUAUUAAUAAAUAUAAAAAAAAAAUUUUACAUUAUUUUACUCGACAAAUUUCACUUGUAAUAAUUUUAAAUUUGAUCUUUAUAAUGUUACAGUUAAAUAAAUAAACUUUAAUUAUUAAAUGAAUUGGUAAAAAAACAAAUAAAAUACUUAUAAAGAAGAAAAUUACGCAACAUAAUUGUAGAUUAAUGAGUAAUAUAUAAAAUUCAUCAAGUUAUUCUUUACAAUCCAAUAUUCUAUAUUUGUAAAAUUAUAAAUGAUAAACAAUUAUUUCUUUAAUCAUUUUUGUUUUAACGCAAAAAUAUGAACUCCUUGACAUGUUUUGUUGAUAGACAUGAUCUUUUACAAUUAGAAAUAUUUCUUCUUGAAGAUAAUAUUCUUUCACUGGGUGUUUCUAUUGCACGUAUGCCAGAAUAAUGUUUAUCUGCGAUUUUUAGUAAAUAAAAUCUAAAGAAGUAAUGUAUAAUUUAAUUUAACUUUAGUUAAAUCUUACUCAAACCUUAUAUUCUUACCUUUGAACAUUACUUUUCCAUCAUAAUAAUGGAACUUACUCAUCAUAAUACUGAGAUCAAUCGUUUUUUUUUUCAUUUAAAUAAUUUAAUAACAUUUCAACUACUGGAUCCUCAUUUAUUUGUUGAGUAUUUGAACUUGUGUGAUUUUUUUUUAUUUGUGCAAAUUUUUUUAUAAAGAUGGAGCUUCAUGAUCAUAACUUAUUUUGUCAUUUAAUACUUCUGAAUGAAUUUCAGGUAAAUCUGGUUUUAAUUCUUUAAUUAUCUCACCAGUUUAAUUAACCAAUAGUAUUUUUUUGUUUUGCUUUAAAUCUAAAUUCUAUCAUAAAAAACUGUAAAUAAUGUUUGAAGAAAAUUUUCGAAUUUAUUUAUUGAUGUUGUAAAUUGAUUUUUGGCAAAUAAUAAACCAAUUAUUGGGUUCUUAGUAAAGUAUUCUUCUAAUAACCAUUGAAUAACAAAAAGUAUUGGACGCACUAUGGAAGAUCAGUACAUACCUUUGUUGUAGCAUGAUCUAAUGAUUCUAAAACUUUUACAUAAAUUUCAAUAUUCUUCUAUUUA